GGAGGUUGAUGUUGGAAGUCCUUCAAUUCCACGUAUCAACGCCCAAAAAUGGCGGCUGAAACCGUAGCUGCUUCUCAUCUCCACCGUUACUACCUCUGGAGAUGCUGCAACGCCGAUGGUCGCCGUCUGCUAUUUCAAGCUGCAGCUUCUUCAUCCUCAUCUUCUUCUCAACCCAUGGAUAUGCACACCAGCAAAUCCUACAAACAACUCGGUAUGUUCUCGUUGAGAAAGAAGAUAGAAGAUUCUGUUAAUCGUGCUGAAUUGUUGGGUCUGACUGCAUUGGAGUUUGAAGAAGCACAACGGAUGAAGCAGGAAGAAAUGAUUCGUGAAUAUGAUUUGUGGGAYGACUUAGCCAAGUCAAGUGAGAUCCUUAUCAAGUUAGCCGAUAGUGCUAAGGUAGUUGAUGCUCUCAAAGACCUCACAUACAAGGUUGAAGAAGCCAAGCUAAUCACAGAGUUGGCKGAGACGGAUAUUAUAAACUAUGCACUUCUUAAGCAGGCAUAUACMGCAUCUGUUGAUGUGAGUAAGUUCUUGGAUAAGUAUGAGAUGUCCAAACUUCUUAAAGGGCAAUACGAAUUUGAGGGAGCCUGCAUUAUGGUAGAAGCGGGAUMUGAAGGCGUUCGAUCUGAGAUAUGGGCAGAACAACUGGUUGGAAUGUAUAUGAAAUGGGCUAAGAAGCAAGGUUUUAAGGGAAGGAUGGUUGAGAAGAAAUGUGCGUCAAAAACGGGGGGUAUCAAGUCUGUAAUCAUCGAGUUCGAACACAAGCAUGCUUAUGGCUACCUUUUAGGGGAAAAAGGUACUCACCGCAUGAUAACCUCUCAUCCCGAAUCCUUAUCUGAGGUUAGUUCGGCUGCUGUUGAUGUGGUGCCUCUGUUCCUUGAAGGAACUCCUGAACUAAUURUUGACGAGGAAGACUUGAAGAUCAGCUACCUCUCAUUACGUAAAGAAGAUGAAGAUCGAAAAGGGCCUAUAGUUCAAAUUCGACAUUCUCCAACGGGCUUAACAGUCCAAUCAUCAGGUAACUACAUCACCACUCAGCCAAUUUGACUGCAUUCACUAAAA